GAUAUGGUUUCGCACCAACAGAUCCUGGCGGUCUGUAAGGAUGCGUGUCCUCACCCCCUGUCAUCGUGUACACCCUACUCAGAAUAAGAUUCUUUAUUUGCAAAAUGUGUUUUUUAUGUGUGGUUGUAUGCCGUGGUUUACAUCUGUCUCCCCGAUGGAACCCUAUUAAAAAAUUGCGAGUAACUCCCAACACGUAACUAGUACCGCUAUCCAUAAUUGCACCUCUAAGUAGAGCACAAACGAACCACCUGAAAGUUUAUCUUUCUCACCUGCCUCGCCGCCCUUUGGUCGUUACAAAGGGAACUGGCACGACGUCCGAGGUACUUUCUAGAACAGCAAGAGAGCCAUUCGCAAUGAAGCGCGUUUCUGUUCUUCUCCACAACCGCCCCAUUCAUCAUUUCGCACUCCUUCCAUUCUACGUGCAGGACUUUUCCUCCCCUCACCCGGUGGUCGGUGCGCAGGUUCAUGGCAACUAUCUCCACACUACAACAACGUCAGAUGGAGCAAGUACAACGACCCGGAACAAACGUCGGCGCGCCCGAAGCACCAGAAGUGUUGCGGUCUCGAGAAGUAGCGAAGAGGAUGACACGUCGAAAGCAGGGCGAGGAUCUGUUGUGAGGACGCAGGAGCUGCAACGUCGAGGUCGUGACGACGAUCUUCGCGAAUCUGAAGAUGGUACAGAAUUCGUGGGUAAGAACACCAUCAAAACCGAUGCUGACAGGAAUAAUAAGCGGAAAGCAGGUCCCUUUUCGCUUUUGGCGAGGUCUCGAGCGGCACGAGAAAAUGCAGAUUACAGCCGACGCCGAGAGGACGGCAGCACAGACGCGAAGGCGCACGCUUUUUUGGAGAGAAGAAGGAAAAUAUUAAAGGCGCGAGUUGUCCAUGGCCACGAGGAAAAUAAAGGCAGUGGAAGCAAAAUCCUUAUGGACUUCGGCGACGAAAAAGACGUUUUUGUGUUAGCGGGUCAGCAGCCUCCGAUUUCAUCUCUUCCCUCGGACAUAAAGAUUCUGUCGAAGGAGCCAGUGGGGCCGACCUACUGGACCACGCGGGAAGGAGGUGAGCAUCAGCCGGGUCAUCUUCCAGACGAAUCGGAAGCAGCAAUACACAGGAACAAGGGCGGUUUGAGAAAAAGUUCGGGGAGCGAGGGGUGGCCCGCUACAACCAACCGGCGUGCUGACGGGGAUGAGACAAGACUCCAACAGGAUGAGGACCGGACGGAUUUCGGCGAAGCAAAUAAAGCAGGGACCAUAUUGACUGAGCAACAGGAUGCUGUAGUUGGAGAUGGUCGUCGUGAGAGGAGGGCAUCAAGCGCAACGAUACCGCGAGAAAACACGACGACCAGCUCAGGUGGAGCUGUGCCAGUCAACGCAAGCACUUAUAGUACUCCCAGCACCCACCUCACUGCUGUGCCGUCAACAACAGGAAAAAACUUAGUGGCGUCUAGUGCCGCAGCAGCUUCACCGGAAGAUGAUGAUAAUGUUAUGAACGGGGAGCAAGAUGAAAAAGAUUACAGUGGCGGAAAUCAUUCCCACGGAGUUGAAAUUGAAAAAGGAGAAGUUCUAGAAGCAUCAGAUGCUCCGAAGAAUGACAUAAUUUGGCCAUCCCAGCGCGUGAAUGAGAUAAGGUGGACCAGUGAAAAUAAAAGAGUUCAAGAACGCCAUGGUACGGAGGCGGGUGAGAAAGAAAAUCAAAGACGCAAUGGCAAGGACACGUGGCUAAAACACCGACUCGGACAAUUACGUCGGGGAGGUGAAAGUACGGGCGCAAAGGGCAACAGCAGCAACACGCCGGACGAUGCUUCCAUGAGCCUGCGGAUUCAAACGGGCGGCGAAAGCAGUGGCAGUAGUGAGAACGGUGGUUCUUGGGGCGAGAUGAGCGAGGAGAAGAAACAGAAGUGGAUUCUGAUCAUUGGCGUCACUGUGACUGUCUUUGCGAUUCUCUUGGUCGUGGGUUUCUGGUGGCUGUGGUGCCGCCUGGAUGAUGAAGCGAACGAUGAAAGCGGAGAAGAGGCUACUCUCGAGCACGGUGGUCGAGGAGAGCGUGGUGCUGGAAGAGAUUUAUUGGAUAUAGUCAACGACCGUCGCGAGCAGGGCGGAGAACAACUUCCUGCGGAGGUUCAUCACCACGGUGAGGUUCAUCACCUACGCUCUAGUUUCGACUACGGAGUGGACCCGGCCGCACACAGCGACGUGGCGAACCACCCCCAUGGUCUUGAUCCAGCAGGCCAGGCCGACGGCCUUGGAGGAGAGAACCAUGACGAGCAGGCGAAGAAAGCCGUCCAGCUUGAGGCGCAAGCGGACUACGUGGGGUCCCACGAGGACUACACCGUGUCGCACGCCGACGGGAAUAAAGAGACCCUGGCCGAAGCAGGAGCGGACGAUCCUGUUGUGGCGGUGAAAAAGAGCAGCAGGAAAAAAAGUAGGACGAGGAAGGAAAAAAAGAACAAGCCUACUUUAUUUCCAGGAAAAGUGGCCCAGCACCACCAAGAUUGGCAAACAUGUCUAGAUGCAGAGUUCCAGAAUUUAUUACAAGGUUUUGUUUUGCACGGAAGAAAUACGAGCUUGCCCGACCGAGAUUUUAGCUGUGUAAAGCAUUUUUGUAUGACAGGUGCCACUGCGACUGUUGCUGUGGCUUUUGUUUAUAUUUUUGCUAUCCUGUAUCGAAAAUUUGUGACGCUGAUACGCGUUUCUAUUGGGAAGCUUGCUUUGAAAAUGCCUCGAAAAUCUGGUGGAGUGGGGGCGCUUUUCAAUAUGAUACACUUCCACGGCCGUCGCUGCCUCCGACGAGGACACCUACGACACCGAUGCAUUAUGCAUACUGUAAAUAUUACGUCGAGAAGGUCUGAAUGAAAUAUGAGUUAUGCCAACGUCUACAACUGAAGAUGUAGAUGUUCUUUCAAGAUGAAGUCUGUCUUGGAGGCGCGAUUAUAUCACACAAAUGCAUGUUGAGCAGAAGCGGAUCGAGUAUGAAUGCCGUACUGUAGCUGCUUGUCACGCGGCGCAAAGCAAUCCGUAAGUUUUUAGUUGGUUAGGAUGGAUGUCGGUGAUUUUGACUGUCGUGUGAUUUUAUCGACUGCAUCAACAGAGAUUGAUAAAAAGCAAUUAAAAGAAAGGAAAAAUUAUAUCGCGCACAAGUACUUUAUUUCCAGACCCGAUUGACAUGAUAUUUGCGGUUGAUACGACUUCAGCGACUACAACUCGUCGGAUACCGGUGGGCAAAAACGUAGGGCAAAAAAGUUGAGAAAGAAAAUAAAGAGCGCCGUCGGUCCCGGUUCGGCGCUGCAACGAGAGGGCUCCGGAAGACUUGGCAGUUUUCUGCCCCAUGCGCUCGCGCACACGAGUGGUAGGAGGAGUGCCGCCGCGCGUGCAAGUGAGAUGGUCUCUGCCCUGCAGAAGAGGGCGUCAUUCGCUGGGUAUCACAGUAAAAAUCAUCACGAGCAUAGCAUAGUUUGUAAAUGCAAAAACGAAUAUCACGCACUUCUACUACUAGUUCUACUUUUAUUUGAAAAGUGUUCCUAGCAAGAGCCUGUCAUGCACCACGAGCCCCGACCAUGCCGUGCCGGCGGCCAUCGUGGCCAGGCAGGAGACAGAGAUUGUUUCGUUAAUAUUCGUUUUUGCAUAAAGGAUACAGAAUUUUUUAUGCUAUGCUCUCUUCUUUUUGCUCCUGGAUAGUGGGAAGAGAUCGAAAUCCUUCCUGAGGGACGCCUCCCCGGCGAGCGCAGCACAGGGGCCCGCAAGUACUGCUGCAGAUAGUAUGAUCAUCAAAAGUGCGGGCGGCGAAAGCGGACAGAGGACAAGCAAGAAAUUGCGGAUGGGAAGUGAAAUCCUCUAUCCGGCAGACGAAGCGGCCGACCAAGUGCAACAACAAGUUCCGGCUUCCGAGAAUAGCAUGUCUUCGGUGAUACGUGGUAUCCUGAGUAAAAACGUACCCACACCAGAGUCAAGCUGGGGAUUUUGCAACACAAACCUAGGAGUUUUGUGAGUCACGCAUGACAAGUUCGUCUCUGUAUUGUAGUGCAGUUUAGCAAGCACAGCCGCAACACAAAUCCAGCUACUCAUCCUGUCGACAGCAUUACAAAGCGCAAAACGCGAUUGGAAAUGCCUCUCAUGUGGAUGCGCAUUACAAGUCUUCCUGUAGCUGCAAAUCUGCAUGACAACUCUGGGGUGGGUACAUUUUUGCUCAGGAUACGUGGUCCACCUUCGUUACUGCUGCAGGCCGCGAGGGUAUCGCAAGAAAAAAGUGUUACAGUUACACAUUGCGUUGCAGGCCAAGCAAGACAGACAAGCUCUGUCAUGCCGGAUAUGCAUAGAGGCCUCGUUUGAUAGGUGUUUUCCCGUAGGAUUUCUGCAUUACAAGUUUUCUCUCUCAUGCAGAGAAAUUUGUGUUGCUGAAUUCACUACAAAUGUGUAACUGUAACACUUUUUUCGUGGGAUAGAGGGAGCAGCACCAAGAGAAUGUACGGAAGAGCCAACAGCUGGGUCUCCCGAGUUCCGUGCAAGUGGUAGACGAGCAGCAGCAGCCCGCUUCACUGGUCCGGCUCCCCUCGAGGAUAAAUUUUUCAUUCACCGAUGAAACGGCGUGAAGGUGCGAGGAUUGGAGCCGUCAUAGAUACGAAGUUUUUCUUCUCUCGAUUUUUUUUACAUCGCUGUAAUGGCAACACUAUUAUUUUUUUCAUUUCUUUUUCGUAUACUACAUGAUUUUUUUUUUCAGCGCUACAUUCGUUCCUAUGUUUUCGCUUUGUGUUUGGAUAGCAUGAUCAUCCAAUCGGAACAAUCGUUUUGCGAGGACCACACAUAAUUCCGCCGAACAAAAUAUCAAAGGCACCAGUUUUAUUUUUAUCUGUGAAGCACCCUCGGCAUUAUGGUUGUGCCUUACUUGAUGAUCUCGAGACGACGAUACGACUACUUCGUUGCGCGACAUCAUCCAC